AUGGGCCGCAUCAAUGAUGCUCCAUGGGACAUAAACCCCAAAGACAUCGAAAAUAUGGUUAAUAAGGAUAAAUAUGAAGAUGAUUGUUUGGCCUGUCGUCUCAUGGGCAGUGCAGCAUUUGCCGGCCUUGGUGGUUAUAGUUAUGUUACGGGAAUGAGAAAUCUACGACAGCAAGAAGCGGCUAUUUUGAAGAGCGGUUCGAAGUAUAGGAUGGGCUCGAGGCGGCUUGGAGUGGUGUCGAUAUCGGCGACUCUUGUGGGACUUGGAAUUUGGCGAUUUAUGAAUUAAGACUGGAAUUCUCGAUAUCCUCCCUGAAGCGAAAGUCAAUUUCUCCAUAUAGAGAGUCUGGCGUUCAAAUUUUUGAAGGGCGGUGUUGGCAGGAACCAUGGGUAUCAUGUUGGAAAGCUAUCUACAGCGACAUCUUAUAUGCACAUCGACAAAAAAAAAGUAUAAUAUU